GGACGCACAUCCCAGUCACAACAUGGCCACAUAUGCCUUCACGGACGAAGAAGCGGAGGUCCUUAGCCACAAGCCGCGCCUGGGGGAGCUGUCGGUGGGGGAGAAAGUAGCCGAAGCCGACUUGCUGAAGCAGCAAGGAAAUCUGUACUUCAAAGCGGGCAUGUUCAAGAAAGCCGUCCAGCAGUAUCUCAAAAUCUUCUUGUACGUCAACGGGUUGAGUGUCGCUGGCGAUGGCAUGUCGUCUUAUGCAAGGGGGAAUUCCAAAGCGACGGAGGAUGAAGGCGUUGCGAUCACACAGUUGAAGAUUGCCGCCUAUUCAAACAUGGCCAUGUGUCAGUUAAAACUGGACAACCCGGACAAAGCAAUCGAGUUGGCGGACAAAGUGCUAGCCCUUGAACCCGGACACACUAAAGCACGCCUUCGAAAAGCGCAAGCAUACCGUCAAAAAGGAAAGUUCACGGUGGCGAGGGAUGUCCUUCGCGAAGCGCUUGUUGCCGAGCCCAAGAACGCCGCGCUGCGUAACGAGUUGAAACAAGUGCUGGACGAGAUUCAGUUGCACCCGGAAGUGGACGAAAUGAAGGCCAAGAUGGCCAAUAUCUUCAAUAAAUCGGGCGGCAUUUACAAGUAAUGGUGGAUAAUUAACAUGCUACUUUAUUCGCC